AUGGUCAGCAUCCAACCCUACAUGAUCCCUAAAAUCCGGAACUUGGUCUCCCAACAUUCCGCCAUGUGUCACCAAAGAUCCGCCACUUGUUACCGGCUGCUGCCACUUGUCACCUUCCUGCCGCCACUUGUCACCGAAGGUUUUCCGAUCCCCGAGCUCGCUGCUCUGUCGCGAACUUGGGCUCGCCGACCUUGCCACUACGUCUUGAUUUGGACUUGUCGGCCUUACCGUUACCUCUUGACUUGGACUUGCCGGUCUCGCCGCUACGUCUUGACUUGGGCUUGUCGGCUUCUCCACUAUGUCAUGAACCUGAGCUUGCCGGCCUCGCCACUAUGUCGUGAACUUGGGUUUGCCAGCCUUGCUGCGAACUCGGCCUCGUUAUUUCUUUGCAGGUUUUCCUUGUCACUUCAUCUCAGACCCAGCCUCGUCGCUUUGUCGUGGACUCGGCCUCGUCACCUUGGUGCAAGGUUGACCUCGUCGCUUUAUCGUGGACUCGGUCUCGUUACCUUGCUGCAGGUUUGA